AUGUUCAAACAUCAAAUCGAAGGAAUGAUGUGGUGUUUGGCUGUUGGUGAUGCCUUGGGCAUUCCGUUUGAAUGCAAAACUUAUUCAGAGAUUUUAAAAAUGCGGGAAAAUGCGGAGGAGAAAUUGGAAAAUCCAUAUAGGAAGUGUUGUGGCCAUCCGUUCAUUCCUGAUGAUUUUGAACCGGGAAUGUAUACGGAUGAUACACAAUUGAGUUUGGCCAUGUUUCGUGCAUUGGAAAGGUAUGGACACAAGUUGAGUGAUCAAGUAGAAUUUGAGAAAUCAUUAAUGCCCUUAAUAGUUGAGGAACAUGUCAAGGAAUUUGAAAAAUCAAUUGUUGGUUGGGGAGGCACACGUGAUGCUAUCAAGAGGUUACAACAGAAAACACAUUCGUAUAAGGAUUCGGGUAAUGUUGGAGCUGUUGGAAAUGGAGUGAUUAUGAAGUUGGCUCCCCUCUUCUUGUUUUAUUUCAGAGAAUUGAAAUUGGAUGAAUUGACAAGAGAGGAAGCUAUAGAAAAGAUUGAAAAUAUUUCAAAUGAAUGGUUGAAUGACCAAGUGACUGUAAUUACAAAAAUGACACAUGACACUCAAUCAUGCAUUGUAACCAGUUGCUUAAUGAUUAGAUUUGGAAUGUUAAUUUUACUAUAUGGAAAGGAAUUUAUCAAUUUCAAGAAGGAAAUCUUUUCAAAUUUAUUGAAAUAUUGUAAAGAAUUGGAAAUUAAUGAUAUAGCAAAAAGUAUUACAACAAGAAUUCAAACUCUAAUUGAUAAUUUGGAUGAUUUGAAAGAUGACUUGACUCUUGUGAACAUUACUAACGGAGGAACGUUUGAAAGUGUGAAUAGCUUGAUGAUGGUUAUUGGAAUCGUCAUGUCUUUGCAACCAAAUCAGAAACCUUUCGAACUGAUUGAAAGGGCAGCAUAUAUUGGUGGUGAUUGUGAUUCUAAUGCAUCCAUGGUUGGUGGCUUGAUUGGUUCUGUGUUUGGAAAGCAAAUUAUUCCAGAUUCGUAUAUUAAGCAUCUUGUUUUUGAUUUUGAAAUUUGUGAAUAAAUUAAACUUGUC